AUGGGGAGUCAAUCCCCUAGAAAAAUUCGUGUGCCACUCUUGGAGAAUAAAAAGGACGAGAAUGUUCAUGUUGAAGAGAGUGAAAAUGAAGAAAAUCCGGUUAGAGGGAAGUUAUUUGGCUAUUAUUCUACACCUCCAGCAUUGCAUCUCAAUUCCAAAAAAGAGAUGGAUAUGAAUGAAGUUGAAAAGAAAGAACAAGAAGAUGGCAAUGGGAAAGUUCUAGUAGAAGCUAAAGACGAGGAUGAGAAAGAAGUUGGUUUGAGUACAACAAUGAAUCUGCUUACUUCCCAACUAGAACAGACAUUCAAAGAAGAAGUGGCAGAAUUAGAAGAGGUAUUAGACGAGAAAGAAGAGGUUCUUGUUGAAGUACUUACUAUAGUCACUUGUGAAGAGGAUGCACAAGCUUUAAUUUUAUCUCAGGAAGAACCCGAACUUGAAGUAGACGAUGAAGAGAAGGUGUUGCCUAUCACCAACAUGAUAGUGCAUUUUGAUCAUGAUGAGAUAAAUUUAAAGGAGGGUCCAAAACAGUCACUUAUUGAAGAAAAGCUACAGAUCAUGUUGAGUUGA